AGCAGCUCCAGCACAAGAUAAAACCGAAACCCAGCAUCACCCCGCUGAACAGGUGACGGUGAGGAUGAGGAUGAUGAGGCGCGCGCCGGAGAGGUCCGUGAGGUCCGUCGUGCUGCUCGCGGCCGUCGCCGUGCUGCUCUCGUGCUGUCCCGCAGACGCGUGGUACAAGCAGGCCACCGGGCCGAGCUACUACUCCGUGGGCAGAGCCUCGGGUUUGCUGUCCGGCAUCCGCAGGUCGCCGUACGUCCGCAGGUCCGACACGGAGUCCGCAGGAGAGAGCACCGGAAACGGCGUGAUGCCCGAACUGAGCGCGCGACACAUCACACCGGUCCUCAAAAACAUGGCCAUCUGCAUCAAGGACAUUUCUCCGAACCUGCAGAGCUGUGAGCCGAUGCAGGACGGCUGGAACACGUUCCGGUGCAGGGCAGAAGUUCUGCUCGCGUUCGACUCGCCCGACUGUUUGGUAGUGUGAGCGGUGGACGAGCGUGGAACGCAACCCUGCUCCUGGAGAACCGCCUGUCCUCCACAGUUUAGUGGUUUCCCUGCUCUAACGCACCGGCAGGACAGGAGGCUUUUCCAGGAGCAGGGUUGGGAACGUGUCUUCUGAAGACCCCUUUCCUGGUGUUCCGAACAUCAAAGAAAAAACACCCCACCACCACCUGAUAAAUAACAGCUUCAUUUCGACACUGAAAUCUGGAUGCUCGCUCCCUCACUCAUGUUCCUGUCCAGAUCUCGAUUUCCACUCGGACUCCCGGCCCUGAAUAUUACUUAUUUAUUUUCCACCAUUUUAUCUCUGAAAACAGCAAGUAAACAACUAGACUACAAAAAAAAAGUGCUCUGAGAGAGAAACCAUCACUGUUUGUCCUUUCUGUAGCCA